AUGGCUACAACAAAGGAAGAUUCAGCAGCUUCUGAAUCAGUUAUUUCCGGUGACAAUGGAACAGUUUUUGGUGGUGAUAACCGACCAGUUGCUAAUGGUGAUGAUCGACCUGUUGUUGGUGUUGUUUGUGGUGAUGAACGACCAGUUGUUUGUCGUGAUGAUCGACCUAUUGUUCAUGGUGAUAGUCGACCAAUUGUUCGUGGUGAUAAUCGACCAGUUGUUGGUGGUGAUGAUCGACCAAUUAUUCUGGCAAAAGAACUUGAAAAUCCUCCAUUUGCUCGUUCACUUCUUCUUCUUGUCAUUGCCAAAUCAUUUAAAACUCGACAAACAUCAAUUCAUCAUGAUCGUCAAGCACUUUUUCAAUCAGCUAUUAAUGAUCUUCGAGAAUCUAUUGAAGUUGAUCCAUAUGAUUCAAUAUCACAUUUUCAUCUUGCUCAUAAUUUAUCUUUUAUAAAUCAAACUCAAGAAGCAUUAAAAUCAAUUGAAAGAUGUUUAUUAUUAUCACCAGCUGAUAAAUAUUCUCUUCAUUUAUAUGCACUUUUACUUACUGCUCAAAAACAAAUGUCUGAAGCUUAUGCACAAAUAUAUAGAGCAACUAAUGAUUAUCCUGAUAUUAGUCGAAAGUUAUAUUUAAAAGAGAAAUAA